CCGCGAAAGGGUGUGUGUUUUGAAGGUUGUAUGAAGCGAAACACCAUCGCAGACAGGAGCAGUCGCCACUUGGUUUGACAGCACGGGACAAGUGUCGGAAGCCGGUGCUGAGAGCAGCACGCCGCAAGUCUUCCCCCUGUCCACCCUGUGGGCUCAGCCCCCAACCAAGGUCUUGUCCUCCUGCGAACACGAUGGCAAUGACGCAUACACGGACAUUAAUAUCAAAAAGUUGAACUACAAAGUGCACGGGAAAAAAUGCAAUGUUGCAGCAGUGUGGCUUCUCUUCAAGGUCAGUAUCUCAGCACCGCCGCCUCACGGACGUGUACCUUGGGCAAUCAGAGGGAAGAAGAGGCGUGGAAGGGGAUGCCGAUGUGCCUCCAGCAUCAACAAUGACAUCUUUCACCGCGGAGGACAUUGAUAGCGUCUGACACAGAAACUUGUUAAACACCGCUGUAAAAAAAAAGAAAACCCCGAAUAGGCUAGGUUUGCUCUUUACAUUCGUCUCAGCUGUUGUAAAAAGAAACUGUGUCCAGCAUCUUGGCGUUUACUGCUUUUUUCAAACGGCCUGUGGCGGUGCGGCUGUUUACCUGGCUACAAGCAACAACUCUGAAGUCAAGCUAGCUAACGGUCGGUAACUGGCAGAAUUAAUGUUUGGUUCGGUUUUAGCUAGUUGACCCGACUGUUAAAGUAAUUUAGAAUGUUCGAGGGUUGAAGAGUUACGUUGACGUAACUAACUUCCUUGAACUUGCUUGGUUUUCAAGCGGACUUCUACCAAUUCAUUUCUUUUCAAAUUACAUUGCCUUUUUUUUGUUUAACAACAUGCCUUCGAGGACAGGUUCACACAGUCCGACUGGUAUCGGUAAGAGUAUACCAGAGCGGGGACUGCUCCUUCUGAUGGUUUUGGUGCUACUGGAGGGCUCCGUGCUUCCUCUCGGAGCUGCCAGCUCUCCGGAUAUCAGCCACCAGAAAAAUGUGGACAACCACAAAGUGGAGGACGAAAAGUAUAACCACACUAAAAAGGCAUUCCCUGUGCUCGACCUCGACUACCAUCACAUACAGACUCCCUUUGAAAUCUCACUAUGGGUGCUGCUGGCCUCGGUAAUGAAAUUGGGGUUCCACAUGAUUCCUCGUCUGCCUGGUAUUGUGCCAGAAAGCUGCCUGUUGAUUACAGUGGGUCUGCUGGUAGGGGGGCUUAUCAAACUAGCUGGAGAAAAGGUCCCCCCAGUUCUGGACUCCCAAUUGUUUUUCCUCUGCCUGUUGCCGCCCAUCAUUCUGGAUGCUGGCUACUUCCUGCCCAUUCGACCUUUCAUGGAGAACCUGGGCACGAUCCUGAUGUUUGCUGUUGUUGGGACCUUGUGGAAUGCCUUUUUCAUCGGGGGUCUGCUGUAUGCUGUGUGUCAGAUCCAGCCAGCUAAUCCAUCCGAACUCCACCAGCUAGAGAUCCUGCCCUGUCUGCUAUUUGGCUCCAUCAUCUCAGCUGUGGAUCCUGUUGCUGUGCUAGCUGUGUUUGAGGAAAUCCACAUCAACGAACUGCUGCACAUCCUGGUGUUUGGCGAGUCACUGCUCAACGAUGCCGUCACUGUGGUGCUAUACCAUCUGUUUGAGGAGUAUUCGGCUGCUGGCACAGUGACGGUGCUGGACGGUUUCCUGGGGAUCAUCUCCUUCUUGGUGGUAUCGCUGGGUGGCAUUCUAGUGGGAGCUAUCUAUGGGAUCCUGACUGCCUUCACCUCACGCUUCACCUCCCACACGCGUGUCAUCGAGCCACUUUUUGUCUUUGUUUACAGCUACAUGGCCUACCUUUCAGCUGAGAUGUUCCACCUUUCUGGUAUCAUGGCGUUAAUAGCAUGUGGAGCAGUGAUGCGACCCUACGUAGAGGCCAACAUAUCCCACAAGUCCCACACCACCAUCAAGUACUUCUUGAAAAUGUGGAGCAGCGUCAGUGAGACACUAAUCUUCAUCUUUCUCGGUGUGGCCACAGUAGACGGACCUCACCACUGGAACUGGACGUUCGUCACCGUCACUGUCAUUCUGUGUCUGGUGUCACGGGUCAUAGGUGUGGUUGGUCUGACCUGUGUGAUCAACAAGUUCCGCAUUGUCAAACUGACGACCAAGGACCAGUUCAUUGUGGCCUACGGUGGCAUGCGGGGUGCCAUCGCCUUCUCCCUUGGCUUCCUGCUGAAAAAGGAGCAAUUUCCAAUGAGAGAGAUGUUCCUUACUGCCAUCAUCACCGUUAUCUUCUUCACCGUCUUUGUUCAGGGCAUGACCAUCAAACCCCUGGUGGAGCUGCUAGCAGUGAAGAAGAAACAGGAGGCCAAGCGGUCGAUUAAUGAGGAAAUCCACACCCAGUUCCUUGACCACCUUCUGACUGGAAUUGAGGACAUUUGUGGACACUAUGGACACCACCACUGGAAGGACAAACUGAACCGUUUCAACAAGAAGUACGUGAAAAAGUGCCUGAUUGCAGGCGAACGCUCCAAGGAGCCACAGCUCAUCGCCUUCUACCACAAGAUGGAGAUGAAACAGGCCAUCGACCUGGUGGAGAGCGGAGGGGGGGUCAACCUGCCGUCUGCUGUGCCUUCCACAGUUUCCAUGCAGAACAUUCAGCCCAAGAAACCUCCUCCUGCCAAGCCUGAAGAGAAAGCUCUGCCCAAGAUGUCUAAAGGCCGGGAGGAAGAGAUCAGGAAAAUCCUCAGGAGUAACCUUCAGAGGACACGACAGAGGCUGCGCUCCUACAACAGACAUACUCUGGUGGCUGAUCCAUACGAGGAUGGCUUCAAUGAAUUCCUCAUCAAGAAGCAAAAGAUGUUUGAGCUGGAGAAAAAGAUAAAAGACAUGCAUAACUACCUGACGGUGCCUGCUGCUCCACCUGACUCCCCUACCAUGUGCAGAGCCAGACUGGCCUCAGGCAGAUGUACUGAUUUCAGACCUGCUCAGCAGCAGAGAGGGAACAAAAUCUCUCCAGACCCAGUAGCCUACAGCAUGAAGCCAGCGGUGGACAGCGUGCCGACCAUCCAGGUGGACCUGGCCUCUCCUCAGUCUCCAGACUCCGUCAACCUGAUGGAUGAGUUCCGACGGGCCGACCAGCAGGAGGAGGACCAGGGCCUGAUGAUGAAGCCUCCCUCAGGGCAGAGUGGGCCUAACAGGCCAGGUGAGGCGGACAGAGGUCGAGAACAGCAGAAGCUGACGAGGUGCCUGAGCGAUCCCGGUCCCAGCGCAGACGAGGAGGAGGAGGAAGAACCCUUUCUGCCUUGAUACGGCAGACAGGAUAUGGAGGGGUUAGGCUGCAUGCCCGCCUUCGCUAAUUAGAGGGGAGAGGGCUGCUUCACUGCUCUAAAUAAUAAUCUCUAUGGUUCAGAAACCAAACAAGCCAAAACUGCUAACGCUGUACAACACCAGAAACAAAAAGAAAAAGCAGGUCUGGAAAAAAAAAAGAGCCAGUAGUUUAUUAUCAUUGCUCUUUAUUUUUUUUAGACAGGGUUGAAGUAGCUGUUAUCUGAGAGGUUGUGGAGUUUACGGUCGAUAGUCCGAGACAUUCAGGAAAGAGCUAUGCAUUACCAAAGGUUUGCACUGUUUUUGUGUCAGACAAUGUCAUUUUUAUUUUGGUGUCGGACUUUUUUCUUUUUUAAUGACUGCACAGUUGUUGGUUUUUGUUUGUUCGCGAUAUUUAAUUUUUUUUCUUUUCUUUUCUAUUUCAUGUCUUUCAAGCUACCUUCUUGGCGACAUGCUGGGCCUCUAAUUCUACAUUUAAUCAACAAGGCAAACUGCCUAAAUCCAUUCCUAUUUUUCAAGCAUUGCACUUGAGUUGAAGUUGCCUGUUUUUAAUCCAAUAUCUGACUGAAACAGUCCUUUCAUUAUUUCACUUGAAAUUGCUAAAUAUUUAAACAUUUAGAGUUUAGCUAUUUUAAAAUGUAUGGCCUUAUUUUAUGUCAAACCUUUUCACUUGGUGCAUUUUUUAUCUUUGUCUUGUUUUAGAACAUACUACUUAAGUCCAGAGUUACUAAUGUCUGUUUGCAAUCAGUUUGUUGUCAGUGUUUGUGGGAUGUAGGUUCAAAUCUGGAUGUAUUUAGUCACUUUGUUUAUAGUCCUACUUACAGACCGGCAGCCUUGUCUUAUGGCUGUGGAGGAAGUUGUGUGUACUUAAUCCCACUGUCGUAUAGGAAGGGACAAGUUUGGACCCACAGUAAAGCUCGUGAGACAGGCAGGGAUGCAGCACUUGCGUUUUGAUGUCAUCAUGCUUGAUUCCCCAUCCAAGUUAAAUCACUUGUUGUCAUGUCAUGUUUCGGUGUAGAUGUUUUAUGUUUCACCUCAAUUUUAGAACACCCUUUAAAAGUCACUCAAGCAGGGCUCAUCGAGUUGUUAGAGUAGAUGUUUCUCUCGAUCCUGAUGUAAUGAGUAACGGCCCAUCUCACAGUUACCUUCACACUCAUUGUUGAAACCUUCAGACCACAUGAGCUGAAUUUUAUAUAUAUCAGAUCAAAAUAAUUGAUCCUUACUUUCUUUCACAUGCCUAUAUGUAUUCUUUAGUUUUUUUUAAUGGCCAUUACAAGAAGCAUUUGUGCUCUACAUCACUGUUCAGCUUAUCACAUGACAAGUGAACAUUUGUACGGGAAUCCAUCCACGCCUCUCAACCCUGUUAAAAUCUAAGACUAGAUAUGUCAUGGCAACAAAAAAAAUUGUAUGGUAGUAUUUAUGUGUAAAAUAUGUAAAUCAAUGAUAAUAUCCUAUAUUUAUAAAAUACCCUUUAAAACUGUAAACAUGCAACACAUUGAGGCAAACCAAUGCAAAAGUCAAAGCUAAAAUGAAACACGGGCAUUAGAAUAAACAACAACAGGCAUGACAACAUAGUCAAGUGUGUUGUUGAUAGCUUAAUUAGUCAUUCUCUACUGCACUGUAUACAGUUGUACAGUAUGUAAAAUACAUUGCACGCCUUUUUUACACCGCCCCUCAGUGAAAUGGAAUACAAAUCGUUUAAGCUGCUGAUGCGAUGAUUUGCUCAUUCAUAUGCAUUUAAACAUUUUGUGUGCCACAGCCAACAACAAUUAGAUUGUAAAGCCCCAAGUAUUCUUUCACAUUAGUCUAUUAUCACUUCAGUGAAAAAAAGAAUGUAGUUCCUCCAUACUGGCCAUCCAAAAAACUCACUAUGGAAAGCAAACUUUAGCAUUGGCACACAGUCCUCCUCUGAAGUAGGCUGAGUGAGUCACUGCUCCAGUUUUCUAGGUGUUAGUGACCGUUGAAUCCUUCCUGAUCCUCUUACAUCCAGAAGGCUCACAUUAUAGCUGAGUGGUACGAGCAGAAGAACCUCACAGGCUCCUUCCUCAAUCUCUUCUUCUCUUAAGCACCUUUUAAUUUCUUGAUAUGGUUACUAUAGCGAGGGUAAGAGGGUAUUUUGUCUGGGCACAAAUGCACUCAUGUAAAUCCAGAUGUAUAAAUAUGCAAACAUGAGCCUACUUGCAAGCGGUUUUGGUCCCUUUCUUUGCUCUUGACACUCUUCCUGCUUCCCAAUUUCUUAAAGGAUAAUUGCAGCUGAGAGAUGGGCGGGUCAAGCCUUAAAGCAUCUCAUUUCCCCGUCUGGGCCAAAUUGAAUUUCCUGUCGGAAAUGUCAGCAUGUGGGACUGAGUGUCCCAGUGGAGAGCUGUGCUGAAAAUGUCAACAAGGACAUGGUCAAAGAGAAGAGAAGGAUAGUUUAAAACCCAGGAGUGACCAGCCAAAUGGCAUGUAACACUUUCCCCCAUUUUCAAAUCAUUUUAGAGCUGCUUAAAGGACAGUGAUAUUUACAUGCAGCAUAGGAUUUAUUUGGUUCUGAACUGUUUUAUUAAGUGCAGCUACGGAAGCCCUGAGAACUGUUUCUCUCCAUCUGUGAAUGGUUGCUUAAUGCGCUACUGUUGGGAAAUAUUUCCAUACCAUCUUCCCAGAUGCUGUUUGAUUAGGCUCUCUUUUAACGGAAGUGUGUUGCUCAUUUAACCCUUAACUACUCUGCAGAGACUUUUAAGUAGGCUGCAGGAAGGUUGCAGUAAUGAAUUUCUAAACAUAUUCACACUUGCGUAUACAUGUAACUGUGUGAAUGCACAGCAGGUCUCAGAGGUAAUGUGCAUCAUGCUCUGCACAGAUGUUAUAUUUUUCAUAUCAGAAUGGAUCUUUAACAUAACUUGAAGAAUGUGAUCAAAUACAAGGAAAACCAAAAAUCUCCCAUUUAAUUUAAAACAACCCUCAAAACAAGAGAAACAAAAUUCCUGAAAACUUCACAUUAUCCCAAAGACUUUAAUUUCUCGAAAAGAAACCCUAUUUUCAUACUUUAUCUUUUUAAACCAAUUGCAUCUUUUUGGGCAAACAUUCUCCCACCUUGGAGGGAAAUGUUUGGUGCAGGGAACCUUAAUCUAAAGCCAUACAGCCUAUAGAAGAACCUGUUUUAUUGUAUUCAUAUAUUAUGUUGCAGACACGUCACUUUUGCCUUUUUGUUUUUCUCGACGCACAAAACCUUUUGCAUUUAAAUCGCUUGUGUCUUCAGGUGAAUGUUUGCUGUUCUUAGUUUGAAAUGUCCACUCUGGAUGUUUUUCUACAGCGCUGAAUUGUUCUAAGUCAUGGCAGUUGUUUUCAUGGAAUGUGUUUGACUGAACUACAACACUGUUGACUCACCAGCAUUCACUUCAGCUUAAAGUUUUUUCUUUCCAUCUGUUUGCUUUAUUAUGUGCUUUAUUUCUUUAACUGUAUUAUUGUGACUAUUUUGGGGUUUACAGGGAUAUCUAAGUCCCUUGCUGUUAUUGUCAAGUGCUUUAUCUGGAUACAUGUGCAUUACAGUACAUCCCUCCAUGUUUUUGUUUUCUUUCUUCCAUCUCAUGUUUACCUUUAACGGCACUCCAGAGGCAUUUGUCACCCAAACUUUAAACUGUGGAGUUCAGGCUCAAGUAGAAAGAGGCUGAAUUUACAUCUCUAAACGCUAAUCAGCUCAUAAGCUUCAUUCUCAAAUCCACUUCUCCUAAAGUUAGAUUAAAGGAAAGAGCAUCAAUUACAAUCAGCUACGCAUGCAGACAAAACUCGUUACCUUGAAGCCAAUCUGAGGUUUUUGCACGUUUUAGAUUUUUGUGUGCGUUAUUCUCCCCUGGUAUCCAGGCAGCCAUUAGUUUCCAUUCAUUCCCUAGAAUUGUUGAAGAGCCAUCACUAUGAACAUCCGAUGGCUUUUAGGUCCAUACUAUUGCACAUGCAUUCCAAUCAACUUAAAUGAUAAGUUCACAUUGUUCUUACAUUUAUCUUAAAACAAUAUUGACACGCCUCUAUGCACAUUCGUUUCUCCUGUCCAUACUGGCCAUGAAGAGAUCUUCAUUCUGUGUGAAAACUCAUUCUUAAGUUUGUCCGAACACAAUACAAGGCCUUAACAGUCAUGUUGUGUAACUAUCCCUCCCUUUAUUUGUUUAACUGGGAUUGCUGAAGGCUCGUAUUAUCUUCUGUUGCAUACUGAAAUGCAUUUUUGUAUGAAACUGUAUUUCAUCUUCAUCAUCAGUUACAUUGAAAUUGGUUUUAGAAGGGAUCUUUAAAGGGCCAGUAUGAACAGGACAAACAAUUACAGCAACCUUUUGUAAAUGGCAUGUCAGUAUUGUUUGAGGAAAACAUGUAAAUCUAUCCUUUUAAAGUGCAACACUUAAAUAAAUGGAGAUAGAAGGUUGCCAGAAAACAAACUGAU